AUGGAAUCCAAGUUUCGGAAGUACAAAAAGUUUCACAAGAGAAAUUACAGAGGCAGGGAGAAGAAGUACAAGCUUAGAUACUCCAACAACAAGACUGAAGAGAAUAAGUCAUCCACUCCCGAUCUCAAGGAUGUGGAGUGUUUUGGCUGCGGAAAGAUGGGACAUUACAGAACCGAUUGUCCUGAAUUGUCACACUUAGAGCGCAAAGCCCUUCGUGCUAAAAGAGAUCACAAGUACGAGAAGAAGAAGGUAAUGGUAGCUGUUGAUGCUGAAGAUGCUAGCUCCUCUACUGAAUCAUCAGCCAACAACUCCACAAGUUUAGACGAUGAGAGCCAGGCCCUCAUGGCUAGAGAUGCAGAAAGUGUAGCUGACAACUCAUGCAACAGCUACGUCAAUGGAAUGAAUGGGCCUGAGGGUAAAUCCAGGAAAAACAACAAGAAUAGGGAAUAA